AUGAUUAGAUUGAUAGAUAACCUAUUGUCCGAUUUAUUCCGGAAAUCCGUUCUGCCAGUUUACAACUACGGUAUGGGCAACCGGGAAAUGUCAUUAUUAGCCUUAUUAUUAGCGAAAUAUUUGCAUGAAGAAAUAAAACAACUGAAUAAUCCGAUCAACUUCCGGAAUUCCUCAUCAUGUGUUAUUUUGCAAAUACUAAUGAAAUUGUAUGGCAAAAUGAAAUUGCAACAAUUACAAAUGGCGGAACUUAAUCAAAAAUUAAUUCAUACUGAUUUUCAUGGGAAAUAUUUCAAUCUUAAUCCAUUCAAUCUUUUUCAAUCAAUAACUGGUAUUAAACCAAAAAAUAUUGAUCAGGCAAUGAGUAAUGCUACAGUAAUUAAAAUUUUUAAUGAUAGCAAAGAAUUUUUAAUUCAUUGGUCUAUGGCUUAUACUGAAAUAAUCUUCGGGAAAAUUACUGAAUAUCCUGAUAUUGUACGAUACAUAACGAUAUCUGCAAGAAAUGAUUUGAAGAAACAAUUUCCAAUGCAAUCUGAUGCUAUCAUUGCGCAGUUCAGAAUCCAUGUGAUACGAAAAUUAGGAGAUGACACGAUGAUUCAGAAUCUUGUACCAUAUUAUAUAUUGAUUCAGAAUCUUUGGUGGUAUACAACAUAA